GUGGGCCAGACAGCAAGCGUACUUCAAGGAUCAAUGAAUGUUUGAGCAAGCGCGUUUGCAUCCGCAUGCAGCAUUCUGCUAAGUUUGUAUCAUCUAGAAAUUUCUUUCAGGCUUUCUUUGAGCACCGCUUAGACCAUCUUAGUGGUUCAAGCCAGGCGUGCAGCCUAAUAGUAAUUCUUUGUUUGAAUAACGCCAGAAUUCAUCCUUUAUCAUGCCCGAAACGGCAUCCAAGUGUGUUAGCAAUCAACUACGAGGAAAACACGGCUUAAAUAGCUGCUGACCCGCCCUGUAGAUGCGCCACUGUGAUACCCACAUGCCCUUUUGCCCAUCUUGAGAGCCAUGUCUCGCCAACGCAGAGCAGAAAACUCGUCAUCCAGCUCGUCCGAGAGUGAUCGUAGCGAUUCUUCCCAGCUGCAUCUCCAGGCGGAUGAGUCUGCGGAUGAAGAGAUUUUGCAGGCAUAUCUUGGGACAGUUGCUGUCCCUGUAGAAGAGUUAAACACCUCCUGGGUCCACUCCACACAUGGAAACCGGCCGCUUGAUGCGCACCACGUGCAACAUCUUCAACGCGUCUUCGCCGAGACCGGCAUACACAAAACACCCAUUGAAAAUCGAAUGCUUGCCGGCAUUUCACUUUCCCAUUGGAAGGAGAUGGUUCGGGCCCUUCUCGACGAAGGAGAGCAUUUGAAGGAGGCCUUAAGAAGGGCCGCGGCGGGAGACUGGCGCAUUCGGGGCCGCUUCUCAGAAUUUCGACAAUUAGAAACACUCGGCGGGGGCCGAUCACCCGUCCUCUACGCUGGUCAGCACCGACGUGCAGCCGUACUCGCACUUCGAGAGCAAAUCGCGAGUCCGGAUGAAUCGCUCACUGCCUGGCCUGUUGACUUUUUCAACGAGGCAAAGCUCAGCGCGCUGGGCAGAGCACGUCUACAAGAAAACCGAAAGCCGACGAUCUUAGUUGACACCGACGGUGACCUCUGGGCCAAGCUUACGACCCUGCUGGAUGACGAGUCUGCCGCCAAGCGAAAGACCAUUUUCAAAUCAAAGAGCGCGUUUGAGCAAUGGGGGCGCCGAGUCAGCAAGCUCUCUGCGUCCGAGGCACAGCGAUGGUACACACUCUUCCGGCAUCCUCUGAAGAACGUCAUUGACCGUUUCUGUCAGACGGCGUGGGGCCGGAAGACCAUGACUGUCGGUGCAUUUGACAGCGCCAUCAAGUCGCGGAUGCACGACCGAUUUCGCGGCAUACUAACGGCACAGCUGGACGCCCUUCAAUCAGCCCUCGAUCAAAAGUUCCCCUCCAUCCAAGCCUCGGAGGUCAAUGCAUUGGCCCGAUUGAGCCAGCCUUUCACGCGGACCGAGCUCACGAACUUGUUCUUUCCACCUGGAACAGCCGGCAAGAAUCAAACACGCCGGGUGGCUCUUCAGGAAGCUGUCUUUAUCCGGGGAAAGGAGCACUCGAGCCGACGCGCGGGCUUUUUCACCUACCUGGACGAUAUGGAGUACUUUACCGUGUAUCAGUACUUUGUCCACAAUCCUGACGUCAGCAUCAUCAGCUACGCUCAAUUUGCAAGUCUGACACACAAAGUUGGGGUGACUGCAGGGUACAUCCUACACCACGUGGUGACGUGGAUCAAUCCCCGGUACGAAAAGCCUGGAAAUGCAUCCAAAGACCGGAGAAAUGAAACGUGGAAAGAGGCCAUCCAUAGGUCGCUCGAUGCCUACUCGCGACAGCAUCCCAAUUGGACCCGGUCGGACAACGACAGUCGUGCUGAUGAUCUGGAGAAUCAGAUCUACAUGCUGAUUUACCGAAGCUCUAAACACUGGAACGACUCCGCUGUCAAGCCCACCUACACCACCACUCCGGACCAGGUGCAAGCACUCCUCGACCAAGGCAAAAUGAGUGCUGCCGACUACCGGAAGAGGUUUGACCUCGGGAUCUGGAACGAGCUGAGGAGCCGGGUGCAACACCACCUUGGAACCGAUCCCUUUCACUGGGAAGUGAUGGCAUUCUUCAAUUAUCACGCCGAGGAGGAAGAGACGCCCUACGAGACACUUCCAUGGACCACUUGGGGACGAAAGAUUCAGGAAAGCAUGUGGGCGUCCAACUGGGAACUUCAAGGAUUGCCAUUUCUUCGGACAGAACAGCUUCAAGCCGAUCUUGUGCUACAAGGUGCCCUUUUUGGUGCGAAGUGGACCUAUCGGGCACUCCGGCAGCGUUUGCUUGCGGAGCCGUCGGAGCCGGUGGUUUUGAGCCGGCAGAAGCAGCGGGAGCAGAUGACCGAGGUAAGACCGCCACACCUGACGCUACAUCUAUCCCACUGACUGCCGAGCAGGACAUGCGACAGGCCGCGAGAAGAGCGUUGCGGAGCUAUGCCGCGUUCCUCAACC